UACCAAAUCCACUGCAAUGCAAUUAGAAGACCUAAUGUGGCAAUCAGAAAAAUACCCAAAUCCUAUGAAUUCCUUUUUUCUUGCAGAGCAUCAGACUUCUAUACCUCCAUGUCACCACCUUCCAGUUACAGAACUGAAAACAUUGCUCUGUAUACAUGAAGACAUUUCAGUGAUCAACACCUUAGAGGAAGAUGGAAUGAUUAAUUUAUGGGAGAUAAUGUCUUUCCCAUCUACUUUAGAAGCACUGAGCAUAGAUUUAAGUGAUGGAGAAAGACCUGUUUGUACUAGCGUGGAAGUAUUCUCAAAACUGACUCACUCUCAGUUACACAACUGGAUUGAAGAGAAAAAUUCUUUUGUGAACACUACAGAGGAUUCUUUUGAUGUUCCUGAUUCUAGCGGAACAAAUUAUUCUUGUUGGUCUCCGCAGAAGAAAAAGUUAUCUCCUGCACAGCCCUUGGAGACUACAUCAGUACAAUACAUCACAUCUAUAAUAGGAGACAUUGCACCUACUGAAAAUCAACUAAAGAGUGAAACUGCAAAACCAAUGCAUUUUGGAAACAAAGCAGGGGGCAAAAAUGAUCAAUUAUACUCACCAGCUAGUUGCAAGGAGGUAUCUUUUGAAGCAAACAGUACACCACGAAAGACAAAACCUGCUGUGUUUCAGCUGCCUAAAAAAUGUACCAAUGAUUUUGACCUUUUGAACGACUUUAUUAUGCUGCGAUCUAAACAUGUGUUCAUCCAAAGUGAGGAAGCAAACUAUGUGGCUGUUCAAGAGGAAGUCUCUGGUCUCUAGUUCUCUCCACAGAACAGACCUCUUUUGACUAGCCAAGCCUCCACUGCAACCAUUAUGUGACUAGCCACAUUCUCCAUGGAUGCCAUUUUGCAGUGAUGCCUACAGCAGUUUCUCAAGUUCCCAAAUGUGUCCACGGGUCCAAAAAGUAAAAAGUUUGGAUGCUAGUAAAGAGCAAAGUGCAGCAUUUGAAAAUAACGACAGUCCUGUAGUACUAAAUGCUUCCAUCCCUAUGGAACAGCAGAAAAAAGAAAAUGAAGCAACAGCCUGCAUCGAAAUUAAAGCAUCAGAGAGCCAGCUUCAGGCAUAUCAUAUACUUAAAGUAGCAGUGGCUCCCAUUGUAAAAGAACUCAUGAGUCUUGGAUUGAAUAAUUGGAGGUUUGCCACCCUUAAUUUUGAUGACACCAGAUUUUUUUUAAAACAGCAAGAGAAAGUAAUCAGUGAUACUUUUCAACAAGGUGUGACUGAUACCAAAGCUGCAAAAGACACCACACUAUUCAGACAUGCUGCUAUUCUUCAUUUGUUGGUAACAGUUCGUGAUCUCCUCUUAACAUGUAACUUGAACGUUGCAUUAGGAUAUUUGUGGAAGGCAAAAGAUAGAUAUAAAGAUUUCCUACAUUCCAGCUUGGAUAAUAUUUGGAGACAGUUGACAAUUGUGCAGUUUGCCACACAGAAAAACGAAGUGAACCCCAAGAUAACAGAAUUGCACCAUCAGAUGUCCAAAUGGAUGCAGAGCAAUAGGACUGUCCAGAAUAAGGUAGAUAAUAUAUACAGGCUGGCAUUUGAGGAAAACUUAGGUUUUAUUGUUGGAAUUAUUGUACAGUGUACUGAUUGUAUUGCACAAAUGGGAUGCAUCACUUAUGCAAGGAAGAUUUAUAUAGUAGUAAUUGUGCUUAGAAUGGAGAUUGAUGAAGAAACCACUGUCCUAAUUGACACCAUCAGUACAGUGCAAGGCUUAACAGUUGUGUAUUUGAAUUCUGAGGAAAAAGGAACCUUUCUAGAGUGCAAAACUGUAAUAAAUAGUUUGGAAAGAUAUUCUUGUGUGGUUAUACACAAUCAGCACAUUGGACCUGAUUUUCCCUGGACUCAUUUUUCAGUAGUGGUGGAAUAUAACUAUGUGGAAAAUUCCUGUUGGAUUGAGCAGUGCAAAAAUUUGAAUGUUUCUUACAUAACUUUCAGAACAGCUGUUCCAGAAACAGUAGAAACUGAAACUGAAGAGUUUUUGCCAGAUAAUUUGGGGUAUGCCUUUCAGAAGUUGCACAUUCCCUAUGUUUUUCUGACAUCUGAGGGACUUCUCUACAACCCAGAUAUCCUCCAGUUACUGGAGUCCAAGUACAAUAUUACAUUUAUUGAGAGGACUUGCUGUGAAGCAUUACAGUUCUUCGGGAGCACAGACUGUUACGUUGUGAUCACUGUUGAUGAGUGCACUGCUAUUGUUAUGCAGAACAUGGAGGAACUCAAUUAUGAAAAGUCUUCUGAUAUUAUUGCAUUAAGACUAAUGGUGCUAUCACUCCAGUACAGCUCCUGUUGGGUUAUUUUAUACUCCAGAGAAAGAUUAAGUCAUAAGUAUAGCCUGGCUGGAAAGACUCUGCAUCAUCUAGCUUUGUUUUAUGCAGCCUUGGUUCCAUUUUCUCAGAAGGCAGAAGACUUUGAAGUGAAGGUUGCUCUUACACCAGGGGUUGAAGAGACAGCACUCUUGGUUCGUCAGAUUGCUGACCAUAUUCUAAUGAUCUCUAAAAGACAUCCUCAGGAAUGGCUGGACAAAUCCUGGCUCUCUGUCUUGCCAUCAGAGGCAGAGACAUGCUUGCUUACAUUUCCAUGCAUGAACCCUCUGGUGGCUCAACUUAUGUUAAAGAAAAGUCCUUCAAUAGAGUGGCUUCUGUCAGCAACUUUUGACCAGCUGCAGGAGCUUCUGCCUGAAGUGCCAGAAAAAGUUUUAAAGCACUUUAGUGACAUCACAUCAUUGUACACCUUGAAACCUCCAAAAGAAUCAGAGUAUCUAAAAGAAAUGGUGCCACUUGAAGAAAACAUGAACCUUGCCAUCAGCACUUGCUCUCACAUUCCCAUUUCUGAGUCUUUAUCCAGUUUUCAAGGACAGAGCCCCUUGACUGAGUAUUCAGGAUGCUUUCGUGAAGUACUGAAAUACAAAGAUUUAGAAUUCACCCAAAUACCAGAGCUUAAAAAAAGACGUCUGACAUUUGAAAAAGAUCCUGGGAGAAGUGAUGGUCAAACACGUCUUAAAUUUUUUUAAAGGAAAAGCAAGCACACUGUUGAGAUAUUUAUUUGCAUGUGAUAUACAGCAUAAACAGUGGUUUUAAAAUAAUUGUAUAAUUAACCUAGUUUUAUCACUGGUCAUUUUAAUGCCUUGCAAUCUUUUAUAUGCUGUUAAGAAAAUUAGUUUUUGCAUAUUUGGGCUUUUAGAUUUUAAGAAAACUGAGAUACAUCUGGAGAAUGAAUAGAGAAGUAUGUGCAGUUGGAUAUGAUCAGUUUAGACCAAAUUAAACCUCUAU